CAACAACGUACUCGCGGGCUGGAUGCAUGGGCGCCGUUCGCGAGCCGAGAGGAGUGGGAGUUAGCACAGUGGAUCCACACGAGUAGCCUGUCACAGAGAGGUACAGAUGACUUCCUGAAGGGUUCAAUGAACUUCUGCGACAAUCGAUCAUAUCUCGACUUCGUGCACAGUAGAAUCCCAGGUCCGCGCGCAGCCUGGACGUAUACGGAGAUCAAGGUCACCGGGAACAUUCGUGACGCACAAGGGAGGUUGAUGACUGAGGUGUUGGACAUAUGGGGUCGAGACCCGGUGCAUAUCACUGAGGAUCUAAUUGGUCAUAAGCCCUUC